AUGAAAUUUUAUAAUUUUAUUUUCGUAUGUUCAAUUUUAUCAAUCAUUUUAUUGGCUAAAUCACAAAAUCAAAAUAAUUUUACAUAUGUAGAUAUACCAACUGUGAACGCCAGCGACAGUACACCUGUCAUAUUUGAUAUAGUUAAUUUUGAUAACACGAUAGUUGUUCAUAUAAUUCGUCCAUUAUUACCUCUAACUGAAGAUGGAUUUUUGGUAGAUAAAUAUUUGUCAUUUCGCACGAUUUAUCCAAAUGGGAGUGUUGUACCGGUAGAUAUUAAAUUAGAUAUACAAGACUUCAAUUUUCUUAUUUUGAACAACGAAGUAGACGGAAUUUCAAACCCCAUUGAAAUUUAUCCUAUAAGAAGUAAUUUUUUGUUAGUAACUUAUGCGAGUGCCACGAACGUAUCGGAUCCUUAUAGCUAUACUGAUUGGGCAAUGAUUGUUGAUUUAAAUGGAAAUAUUUACAGAAACAUUUCAUUUGGUUCGAGCUAUGUUAAUGCGGGCACUAAUAAAUGGUACCCUUACCGAGCUGGGAUUUUUGUAAACUUUGAUCCCGACAAGGGAUUUUUACGUAUCACACCUAAAACAAAUUCUACAGCGACAAUCUGGAUUCAAUACGAAGUGACCGAAGCGGGAGAAAUAAAUUAUCUUGCGCAAGAUAUCUUAUAUUUACAAGAUAAUCAUAGUCUUGUAAAUCCUAUAAGUACUAUCAUUCCAAUGGUGGACGGCAGAUACGCGAUUGUUUAUGCAAAUUCUACGAAUUCUGCAGCCACACUUGAUAGACCUUUUACUUCACAAGGAGGAGUCUAUAUGAUAAUCAUAGAACAUGCCCAUGCAAUUAAACGUAAUCCAGCCGUUCUUUAUCAAACCCCACUUUCAGAAUUAAUCUUUACUGACAUAGAUUGCAGUGUUACUUACGUAGGAAUUGGACAAUCUUGUAUAGUAACUGGAGAAUUUACAAAUCGAACUACUACAAAUACAUUUUAUCUUAAGAUUGAUUUUCUUUCAACUGGAACCGUAAUAAAUGUUAUGCCAUUAAUGAGUGAUAUUCAAAUGAAUCCAUUAAUUAAUCAAUAUAAUAUCGAAGCAUUACCGUAUGGUGGUUAUUUAUUAAGUGGAAUAGGAAUGAAUGAUAAUGAUGAUACAAUCAUUGAAGGUUUUAUUUCAAAUGACGACAUAAUUUAUCGUUGGGACCUUCCAAUGCCUACCGUGACAACCGUUUUAGGAAUAUCGAAAAUUUUGAGAAAUAAUACUUAUGUACUUGCUCAGCAGGGAGUAGAACAAAACUGGACUUUGGUCACCACUGAUUUGUAUAAAUUUGAGAAAGAAAAAGAUCAUGGUUAUGAAAAUUUCCACAUCGACUCUACAUCUCCGAUUAUUAAUGAUACUGUAACUGCCCUCGAUACAGACUCACUUACAAUUAAAUAUUAUAACGAAGUUGAAUUUUCGGUUGGUCACAUUAAAAUUUUUCAAGAAGAUGGAACAAUUCGUCAAAAAAUUCCUGGAAUAAACGAACUAGUAAACUACAGUGUAGAUGGAAAUAAAACUACGGUUAAUAUCAAAUUAUUGGAUUGCACAUUGAAUCAACCUGGUAGUAGAUACUAUGUUUCAAUUGAAAAUAAUUUUGUAAAGAGCCGAGUUUACCAAGAACCUCUCUAUGGUGUAAAAGAUCAUGUUUGGACGUUUACAACACUUCCGGUAGUAGAAGAGUAUUCAGAGAGCGUUAGUGGACAAGUUCGAUUGACUGCAAAUGGGACCUUACAUUUUGAAAGUUUAAACAAGAGCCAACGCAAUGAUUUCUCUAAGAAAUUAAGUCAAGAAUUGGCUGACGCAAUUCCCAUCAGUCACGACCGUGUAACUACCAAUGAAAGGUUUGAAACUGACGCUUCAGCUUCUCAAAGACAAAUCCUUUUACCUAUUGGCAUCGAAAAAGAUGAAUCUAGAAAACAAAGAACUGUUAAAUUGGCAAUUAAUGAUUUAAAUCAAUUGAUUAAGAAUAAACGUACCACAAUUAUUGGAUCCGGUGAAGUUUCAAAACAUUUAGAUGAGACUUAUGGAUAUGAACCGCUUUCUACGCAUUUUAAACCAGGUCUUAUUGGAGCAUUAGCAGCCUUAUCACUAUUGGUCAUACUUUUCUUAGUCGCCAAAAGUCAAAGAAAAGAUGCAAGAAAUACCGCAAUUUUUCAAUUUGCUAUUGCUAUUAACGAUAUUAUUUUUGAUUGGGUUUUUAUUUUUACAAAAGCCAAAAACGUGGACUUAUUUAUUCCAAGUCUUGUAAUUUUGCUAGUUUCAUUUUUCGUAAGUUUAAUAUUGGCAUUUAGAAUUAUUGACAAAGAACUAAGAAAUAAUGGCGAACAAGCAGAAAAAUUUAGAGCUUGGUUAAAUGAAAAUAGUAAAAUUGUAAAUAUAUUCACGAUUUUGGCAGGAACCGAUAUUGAAAUUUUAACAGUACUUGAUUCAAAGAUAAUGAUGUUUGGAUUUGAUAAGUUUAAUGUUGGUUUUUCUAAAGAAACAGAACAUAGAAUAGCUCGAUAUUCUUUCAUUAACAUCAUUCUUGAAGAUAUACCUCAAUUGGUUAUUCAGCGAACCAUUACGAUAUUAUACCUUUAUUGA